CACUUUGGGAGUGUGAGCCAGGUGAAUCACCUGAGAUCAGGAGUUUGAGAUCAGCCGGGCCAACAUGGUGAAACUCCAUUUCUACUAAAAAUACAAAAAUUAGGCUGGGCACGGUGGCUCACACCUGUAAUCCCAGAACUUUGGGAGGCCGAGGCGAGCAGAUCACGAGGUCAGGAGUUCGAGACCAGCCUGACCAACAUGGUGAAACCCCGUCUCUACUAAAAAUACAAAAAUUAGCCAGGCAUGGUGGCGGGUGCCUGUAAUCCCAGCUACUCAGGAGGCUGAGGCAGGAGAAUUGCUUGAACCCAGGGAGGUGAAGGUUGCAGUGAGAUUGCGUCACUGCACUCCAGCCUGGGUGACAAAGCGAGACUCUGUCUCAAAAAAAAAAAACAAAAAACAAAAAACCGAAAACCAAAAAACAAACAAACAAAAAAACUGAGUGGAUUAGAUUUCUCCGGGACAUUUUCAUUUUAAAGGCAACGAAGUUUUAGAAGCAAAUGAUUGGAAUUCUUAGCUCUGCUUUGGAGCAGUUGGGAACUUCAGCGUUUUGAUCCACCUUUUUGGAGCCGCCUCAUGUGAAAGACAGAUGAGACCUACGUCAGCAAACCUGUGUGGAAGAACAGCAUCAUCUUCAAGCAAGGUGGAAUUAAGCAUGGACAGAACUGUGUUUCUCACCCAGGAGGAGGUAUGAAAGUUUUUAAGACGCCUACAAGUGGAAAAUGCACUCCUCCCAGCCAAAUCAAGCUUCGCCAGAUUCCUUACAGCUGUGUGCAGUGAAAUGACUAAUGAAAGAGCCCUCUGCGCUGGUGGAACUUUCACAUAUGGCACUGUUAUGCCACUCAGCAGGACCCGACCCUGAAAAUCUUUGCACACUCUGAGAUCAUGCGCAAGUUAAUGACUUUGAGGGACGAAGAAGUAAAAUGUUUUUGUUGCAUUUGAGAUUGUGAGGCAGUGAGGCUGAGCCAGAAACGAAGACAGAAAGCAGAUAGACUUGUAGGGCUGGCCUUGAGAUGGGGCACUGUCACAAGGUGAGUCUCAGCUCUGCAGGCACUGUCUGUUUACUAUAGUUGUGGCUGAAAUCAGAGGCAGGCCAAGUGGAUGAGACAUGGGGCAGUUGACCUCAGAAGAGAUUCCUUUAACUAUUUCCUUUUUUUUUUUUUUCUUGAGACGGAAUCUUGCUCUAUCGCCAGGCUGGAGUGCAAUGGCACAAUCUCAGCUUACUGCAACCUCCGCCUCCCAGGUUCAAGCAAUUCUCCUGCCUUAGCCUCCUGAGUAGCUGGGAUUACAGGCGCACACCACCACACCCAGCUAAUUUUUUGUAUCUUUAGUAGAGAUGGGAUUUCACCAUGUUGGCCAGGCUAGUCUUGAACUCCUGACCUCGUGGUCUGCCUGCCUCAGCCUCUCAAAGUGCUGGGAUUACAGGCAUGAGCCACCAUACCCCGCCAACUAUUUCCUUUUUAAAAAUUUUUUAUUUUUAUUUUUUGAGAGAAUCUCACUCUUUGGCCAGGCUGGAGUGCAGUGGUGUGAUCUUGGCUCACUGCAGCGUCUGCCUCCUGGGUUCAAGUGAUUCUCAUGCUUCAGCCUCCUGAGUAGCUGGGAUUACAGGUGUGUGCCACCAUGCCCAGCUAAUUUUUUGUAUUUUUAGUAGAGGUGGAGUUUUGCCAUGUUGGCCAGGCUGGUCUCAGACUCCUGGCCUCAAGUGAUCUGCCCACCUCAGCCUCCCAAAGUUCUGGGAAUACAGGAGUGAGCCACUGCACUCAGCCUAACUGUUUCUUGAUCAAAUAUUUUAUUGAGCUCUUAUGCUGCAAGAUGACAUCCUCAUGGAAUUUAUAUUCUAGAGGAUUUUAGAGAUUAUUUUAAAAUACCUUCUUAUAGUCCAGAUUAGGAAGCCAAGGUGAAGACAUGAAAAAUAAUUUGGUUGUCAUCACAGAGCUAGGGAAGAAGCACAGCUAAACCAGAACCACAGCUGGAAGCCAGGUCUCCUGGAUUGAACUGUUCCCGCCCCUGCCCCUGCCCCUGACACCAGUCCAGCAAAGAAAGACCUGAGGGGUGCUGGUGAUGAGUGAUGGCUGCUCUGCCUCAGGCUGAAGAUAGAAGCAGCCUAUCUCAGAUUUCUGGCCAAAACUCAUCCUUCUCUGCCAUGUGCCUAAGCUAUAUGAUGGGGUCAUCAAGGAGCUUCAUUUGCUGAACAUGGUGAUGACUUUGAAGCAGGAUUGAUGAGAAAUAGUGCUCUGGGGAAAGGAUGUAUACGCAAGCUGGGCUGUGACAGGAACAGUAUGGAGUCCCAGAAGCUCUACUCUGGUUUGUGAAGGCUGAGAUUUGAAAAAUCCUCUUGCAAAGCACAGAAGGCCAAGUAAUAGCAGGUGAAGUGGCUUCUCCAGGGUCCUAUGGCAAAUCAGCCUAUGAUUGUGAAGAUGGAAAGGGUCCAACCCCUGGAAGACAAUGUGGGAAAUGCAGCCAGGCCAAGAUUCGAGAGGAACAAGCUAUUGCUGGUGGCCUCUGUAAUUCAGGGGCUGGGGCUGCUCCUGUGCUUCACCUACAUCUGCCUGCACUUCUCUGCUCUUCAGGUAUCACAUCGGUAUCCUCAAAUUCAAAGUAUCAAAGUACAAUUUACCGAAUAUAAGAAGGAGAAAGGGUUCAUCCUUACUUCCCAAAAGGAGGAUGAAAUCAUGAAGGUGCAGAACAACUCAGUCAUCAUCAACUGUGAUGGGUUUUAUCUCAUCUCCCUGAAGGGCUACUUCUCCCAGGAAGUCAACAUUAGCCUUCAUUACCAGAAGGAUGAGGAGCCCCUCUUCCAACUGAAGAAGGUCAGAUCUGUCAACUCCUUGAUGGUGGCCUCUCUGACUUACAAAGACAAAGUCUACUUGAAUGUGACCACUGACAAUACCUCCCUGGAUGACUUCCAUGUGAAUGGUGGAGAACUGAUUCUCAUCCAUCAAAAUCCUGGUGAAUUCUGCGUCCUUUGAGGGGCUGAUGGCAACAUCUAAAACCAGGCACCAGCAUGAACACCAAGCUGGGGGUGGACAGGACAUGGAUUCUUCAUUGCAAGUGAAGGAGGCUCCCAGCUCAGCCACGUGGGAUGUGACAAGAAGCAGAUCCUGGCCCUUCCGCCCCCACCCCUCAGGGAUAUUUAAAACUUAUUUUAUAUACCACUUAAUCUUAUUUAUCCUUAUAUUUUCUAAAUUGCCUAGCCCUCACACCCCAAGAUUGCCUUGAGCCUACUAGGCACCUUUGUGAGAAAGAAAAAAUAGAUGCCUCUUCUUCAAGAUGCAUUGUUUCUAUUGGUCAGGCAAUUGUCAUAAUAAACUUAUGUCAUUGAAAACGGUACCUGACUACCAUUUGCUGGAAAUUUGACAUGUGUGUGGCAUUAUCAAAAUGAAGAGGAGCAAGGAGUGAAGGAGUGGGGUUAUGAAUCUGCCAAAGGUGGUAUGAACCAACCCCUGGAAGCCAAAGCGGCCUCUCCAAGGUUAAAUUGAUUGCGGUGUGCAUAUUGCCUAAAUUUAAACUUUCUCAUUUGGUGGGGGUUCAAAAGAAGAAUCAGCUUGUGAAAAAUCAGGACUUGAAGAGAGCCGUCUAAGAAAUACCACGUGCUGUUUUUCUUUACCAUUUUGCUUUCCCAGCCUCCAAACAUAGUUAAUAGAAAUUUCCCUUCAAGGAACUGUCUGGGGAUGUGAUGCUUUGAAAAAUCUAAUCAGUGACUUAAAAGAGAUUUUCUUGUAUACAAGGAGAGUGAGAUAACCUAUUGUGAAGGGUUAGCUUUACUGUACAGGAUAGCAGGGAACGGGACAUCUCAGGGUAAAAGUCAGUACGGAUUUUAAUAGCCUGGGGAGGAAAACACAUUCUUUGCCACAGACAGGCAAAGCAACACAUGCUCAUCCUCCUGCCUAUGCUGAGAUACACACUCAGCUCCAUGUCUUGUACACACAUACGCAUUGCUGGUUUCAAGAAAUGAGGUGAUCCUAUUAUCAAAUUCAAUUUGAUGUCAAAUAGCACUAAGAAGUUAUUGUGCCUUAUGAAAAAUAAUGAUCUCUGUCUAGAAAUACCAUAGACCAUAUAUAGUGUCACAUUGAUAAUUGAAACUAGAAGGGUCUAUAAUCAGCCAAUGCCAGGGCUUCAAUGGAAUAGGAUCCCCUUAUGUUUAGUUGAAAUGUCCCCUCAACUUGAUAUAAUGUGUUAUGCUUAUGGCGCUGUGGAUAAUCUGAUUUUUCAUGUCAACUUUCCAGAUGAUUUGUAACUUCUCUGUGCCAAACCUUUUAUAAACAUAAAUUUUGGAGAUAUAUAUUUUAAAAUUGUAGCAAAUGUUUCCCUGACAUUUUAAAUAGAGGAUACAACAUUACAGAAUCUUUCUGGAUGAUUCUGUGUUAUCAAGGAAUUGUACUGUGCUACAAUUAUCUCUAGAAUCUCCAGAAAGGUGGAGGGCUGUUCACCCUUACACUAAACGGUCUCAGUUGGAUUUUUUUUUCCUGUUUUCUAUUUCCUCUUAAGUACAUCUUCAACUAUAUUCCCAUCCCUCUAUUUUAAUCUGUUAUGAAGGAAGGUAAAUAAAAAUGCUACAUAGAAGAAAUUGUAGGUAAGGUAAGAGGAAUCAAGUUCUGAGUGGCUGCCAAGGCACCCACAGAAUCAUAAUCAUGGCUAAAUAUUUAGGGAGGGCCUACUGUGGACCAGGCAUUGGGCUAAAUACUUACAUUUACAAGAAUCAUUCUGAGACAGAUAUUCAAUGAUAUCUGGCUUCACUACUCAGAAGAUUUUGUGUGUGUAUGUGUGUGUGUGUGUGUGUGUGUGUGUGUGUGUGUGUGUGUGUGUAUUUGACUUUUUGUUAUUGUCCAUGUUCUGAAAAAUUGCAGCUACUCAGUGAGUGAUAUCCGAAAAAGUAAAUGUUUAUGACUAUAGGUAAUAUUUAAGAAACUGCAUCGUUCAUUUUUAAGUUUGGAAUUUUUAUCUUUAUUUCUCACAGAUGUGCAGUGCACAUGCCAGGCCUAAGUAUAAUUGUUGUGUGUGUUGUUUGCCUUUGAUGUCAUGGUCCCCUCUCUUAGGUGCUCACUCGCUUUGGGUGCACCUGGCCUGCUCUUCCCAUGCUGGUCUCUUCAACCACACAGGGAUAUUUCUGCUAUGCACCAGCCUCACUCCACCUUCCUUCCAUCAAAAAUAUGUGUUGUGUGUCUCAGUCCUUUUAAGUCAUGUCCUUCACAGGGAGAAUUAACCCUUCUAUAUACAUGGCAGAGUUUUGUGGAAAGAGAAUUGAAUGAAAAAUCCGGAGAUCAGAAUUUUAAAUUUGACUUAGCCACUAACUAGCCAUGUAACCUUGGGAAAGUCAUUUCCCAUUUCUGGGUCUUGCUUUUCUUUCUUGUUAAAUGAGAGGAAUGUUAAAUAUCUAACAGUUUAGAAUCUUAUGCUUACAGUGUUAUCUGCGAAUGCACAUAUUAAAUGUCUAUGUUCUUGUUGCUAUGAGUCAAGGAGUGUAACCUUCUCCUUUAUUAUGUUCAAUGUAUUUUUUUCUGGACAAGCUUACAUCUUCCCUCAGCCAUCGUUGUGAGUCCUUCAAGAGCAGUUAUCAAUUGUUACUUAGAGAUUUUCUAUUAGAGAAUGCUUAAGGGAUUCCAAUCCUGAUCCAAAUCAUAAUUUGUUCUUAAGUAUACUGGGCAGGUCCCCUAUUUUAAGCCAUAAUUUUGUAUUUAGUGCUUUCCUGGCUCUCAGAGAGUAUUAAUAUUGAUAUUAAUAAUAUAGUUAAUAGUAAUAUUGCUAUUUACAUGGAAACAAAUAAAAGAUCUCAGAAUUCA